AGCAGAAGAGGAGAAGCGCGUGCACGUGACGCAGUUUCUCAGCAAAGCCUACCGAGAAAUGGAGGAGCUCGAGCUCACUGCGCUUUAAUUUUCUUUCUUUCUUUAAAAAAAAUUAAAAAUAUCAGUUGUUAAUCUCCAGAACUCAUGACCACGGCAGAGAUUUUUGUGUUGUGGGAUCCGGCUGACAGCAGGUGAACAGGAACUCUUCAGUGUUCAACUUGUAAUGGAGUGAAACUAAGCACCCAAUGCCAAAAUGGAAAGUAGGCGCCACACAGGGAAAUGGAAAAAGAGAUAUGUGCCAUGCAUGUUGUUUCUGCUGGCUGUUUUAAAGCAAUGUGAUGCUAUAGAAGAGCAGACCAAUUUGAACAAAUCAGUGACAUGUGAAGAGGACGAGUACCUGUAUAACAACGUCUGCUGUAAUAAAUGUCCAGCAGGAUUUAAACUAACACAGAAGUGCUCAGGAAAGGGCCAGAGGUCAACAUGUAAAAAAUGCAGCGAUGGAACAUAUCAGGACAAUAUGAAUCAUUUCCCAAACUGCUUUUCAUGCCGGAGCCGAUGUGACCCGCUUUCUAAGGAAAUUGAGAUAAGAAAUUGCACACAUAAAGAGGACAGAAUAUGUGGCUGUCAGAAAGGAUACUACAAAUAUGAAGUAAAUGACAUGACAAUGUCAUGUAAGCCCUGUCGAAAGUGUGGCGAGGGUGAAAGAAUGAUCAGUCCAUGUGGUGAGAAGGAGAACACUGUGUGUGAACAAUACAAAAACUGCAGUUUUACGCGUACUGACCUGUCCUCACCUACUGUCAAGACUCCGGGCACUAGCCAUCCUGUACAACGUGUGAUCCUGAACACUUGGUUGCCUCUACAGACACCGUACAUCUUUUUGUUUGUGGCGAUUGUUUUGGUUUGCAUAAUUAGUUUGUAUCCUGGAUUUAAAUACUGGAAAAAGAGGAAGCAAGUUCAACACAGACAAUCAUCUGACUCAUGGGACCCAGAGAAUCAAGUGGUAAAGAGACAACCAGAAACAUGCUUACCAAUCAAAGAGGAUGAAAACAGCCUGCUAGCAGUUCAGCCAAGCCCCACGCUACCUGAUUGCAUUCCCAAAGAGAUCAAAACUCAUGAGUUUAUUUACUUUGUGCUGGAAAUUGUUCCACUCAAUCGCUUUAAAGAACUGGUGCGUCGCCUGAACGUCUCUGAGCAGGACAUUGACAGGGCAGAGAGAGAUAACCGGGCAUUUGCUGAUGCUCAAUACCAGAUGCUGAUGGUUUGGAUUGAGAGUAGCAGCAAAGGAGGGAAAAGUGUCCUGCCACACCCACUCCUUCAGGAAUGUGUGGACAGACUGAAUGAUAUGAAUUUGACUGCUUGUGUAGAAAGCAUAGAGGACAAGUAUACCUGAGCUCUCCCAUGUGGCACAUGCACAAAACCACAUCCUGACCUUGUAAUGAAAUCAAGUGUGGAGACACAGUAAUUAAGAACUUCUCAAUGUCAAUGUAUUAUUUCUGUGCAAAGUAUUACAUCAGUGGUGCAUAGACUCUUUGAGAUUUAUUAAAUAGCAUUAUGGUUGUACUGCAGGGUUUCUAAGGUGAGAUAAUAUUCAUGUUUUAUUUUAGAUGCUGCAAGCCUUUUAUGGGUUGCUAAGCUUAGCAAAAAUAUUUGUUUAUGACAAUGUAAUCAAUAUUAUAAAUUGGACAUAUUUAAAAGAAGAAGAAACCAUUCUCUAUUUUAAUAUAUUUUAAUAUCCUUAUCUGAAAAGCACUGCAGAGUACAGAACCACACUAACUGUAUAUGGAUAUUUUCAAGAUAUGUUUCUACUGUUUUGACAUUGUAUAUUUUUGUGGUAUUUUUUUUCAUUACAUAUUAGCAUUAUUUUUUAGUUUAAUAUUAAUAAAAGUCCCUGAAGUGUUCUUUGGGUUGUUAAUGGUCCUAGUUUGCUUGAUUCUACUUGGAAACUUUUCUGAAAGGUAAACACUCUAACAGUUCUAUACUGUUUAAAACUUUUAGGAUAUUCGUGGGGGGACAAAAAAAAAAAGAGAAGGUUUUAAGAUGUCUGAUGGAAUCUUUUUUUUUUUUUUUAAGUGGGCGCAUGUACUUUAAUGUAGAUGUGGUAACAUUUCUUUGCCAUUAUGCUGAGCAGCAAGAAAUAAAAGAAGAAACUCAGUAA